AUGUUCAUUGAAACUCGACAAAGUCGAAAAGGAAAACAACCGAAUGAGGAAACACAAACUACAAUUGCUAAGCUUCAAGAUUCAGUUCAAGACUCUACUGAAUCCGAGACAUUUAAGUCAUUGUUUGGGAAAGAAAAAUUUGGACGAGUUCGUUGCUAUGGAAGAACAAUAACACCAACCAUGCUGAAAAGAAAAGAAGAAAUUCUGGUUAUUAAAAAGCAGCAUAUUAAUGAAGUGGCUGGCAUGAAGAGGGAGAUGGAUGGUAUGAAGGCACUAUUUAAGACCAUGAUGAAGCAACAAAACCCACAUAUGAGUGAUGAGGAGAUCUCUAAUAUGAUGGCAACUACUAUGGACUGUUCCAAUAGUACUACUGUUGCUCCUGCUGAUCCACAUUCGUCUGUAUCAACUCAUAUUCCUUAUUGUGAAGAGGUUAUUUAG